CUGUAAGUCUGAAAGAUCAGGAUCAGGCAGGCAGGCCAGCAGGCCAGUCAGUGCCAGCCAGGCGAGUGGUCGAGGGCAAGGUAGCAGGCGCCAGGCGGUUUCUCAGCUGGUGCCACGAGAAGCAGUGUGUAUGUGUGAGACCCGCGCCCUCCGUCCACCACCACCAUGGUCUACAUUGAUUCCUUCGACGACUUCGAGAAGGCAGCAGAGCGAGUGUACCUCAACGCUCCUAUGAAGACGAGAUGUGUGAUGAAGUAUGACCAUGUCAACAGUUGCCUCAAGGUCAAGGUUACCGACAAUGUGGUGUGCCUGCAGUACAAGACAGACAGCCAACAGGAACUCAAAAAAUUGGAGAAGCUCAUAAGUAACCUGAUGAAACAUAUGGCCUCUGGAGAGAGAUAACAAUCUUCCUGCCUUUGCUUUCUUCCCUUCAUUAUGUUCCUUCUUAAUAAAAGUACUCUGUUACAUUAAUAAAAUCUCUCAAUAGCUUUUGUA